CAUAUCCUUACCCUGAGAACCUGGCUGAGUUCGUUGGAACUCAAAGGAUGGCAGUCCUCUUCACACUGGACUUUUGGAGUUUCUAAGUCUUCACCCAGCCCACGCUGAUCCUGCAGUGGCACAUCAAUGGCAGCUUAGAGAUCCUGCUGGGACUGGUGCAGCAGACACAGAUAUGUUUUCUUCUUUUUGCCAUUCUGUACAUCGUUUCCUACUUCAUCAUCACAAGGUACAAGAGAAAAUCAGAUGAACAAGAAGAUGAAGAUGCCAUAGUCAACAGGAUUUCGUUGUUUUUGAGCACCUUCACUUUAGCAGUUUCAGCUGGGGCUGUUUUGCUUUUACCCUUCUCAAUAAUCAGCAAUGAAAUCCUGCUUUCUUUUCCUCAAAACUACUAUAUUCAGUGGCUAAAUGGCUCCCUGAUUCAUGGUUUGUGGAAUCUUGCGUCUCUCUUUUCCAACCUUUGUUUAUUUGUGUUGAUGCCCUUUGCAUUUUUCUUUCUGGAAUCAGAAGGAUUUGCUGGCCUGAAAAAGGGAAUACGAGCCCGCAUCUUGGAAACUCUGGUCAUGCUGCUGCUGCUGGCAUUGCUGAUUCUUGGGAUAGUGUGGGUGGCUUCAGCACUGAUUGACAACGAUGCUGCAAGCAUGGAAUCUUUAUAUGACCUCUGGGAGUUCUACCUACCCUAUUUAUAUUCCUGUAUAUCAUUGAUGGGAUGUUUGUUACUUCUCUUAUGUACACCAGUUGGCCUUUCCCGCAUGUUCACAGUAAUGGGCCAGUUGCUAGUGAAGCCAGCAAUUCUUGAAGACCUGGAUGAGCAAAUUUAUAUUAUUACCCUAGAAGAAGAAGCACUCCAGAGACGGCUAAAUGGUCUGUCUUCAUCGGUGGAAUACAACAUAAUGGACUUGGAACAGGAACUUGAAAAUGUAAAGGCCCUUAAGACAAAACUAGAGAGGCGAAAAAAGGCUUCAGCAUGGGAAAGAAAUCUGGUGUAUCCCGCUGUUAUGAUUUUACUUCUUAUUGAGACAGCUAUCUCGGUCCUACUGGUGGCCUGUAAUAUUCUCUGCCUGCUGGUUGAUGAAACAGCAAUGCCGAAGGGAGCAAGGGGGCCUGGAAUAGGAAAUGCCUCUCUCUCUACAUUUGGUUUUGUGGGAGCUGCACUUGAAAUCAUUUUGAUUUUCUAUCUUAUGGUGUCUUCUGUUGUUGGUUUCUAUAGUCUCCGAUUUUUUGGAAACUUUACACCCAGGAAGGAUGACACAACUAUGACAAAGAUCAUUGGUAAUUGUGUAUCAAUCUUAGUCUUGAGCUCUGCUCUACCUGUGAUGUCAAGAACUCUGGGAAUCACGAGAUUUGAUCUACUUGGAGACUUUGGAAGGUUUAAUUGGCUGGGGAAUUUCUAUAUUGUAUUAUCCUACAAUUUGCUCUUUGCCAUUGUGACAACAUUGUGUCUGGUCAGAAAAUUCACCUCUGCUGUACGAGAAGAACUCUUCAAGGCCCUAGGGCUUCAUAAGCUUCACUUAUCAAAUACUUCAAGGGAUUCAGAAUCAACCAAACCUUCUGCAAAUGGGCACCAGAAGGCACUGUGAGACCCGCAGUGGGUGCCACUCUGCAAACAGGAUCCCCAGGGACUCCAGACUCAGGCCAUUCCUGUCAACGCAGAGCACUUCAUACCGACUUUGGUCUGUGUGUAGGGACUGGGCCUGUCAGUGUCAUUUUCUUCAUUAUCCAAGAAACUGGCUAUAACUGAUCUUAUUUUUUAAACUUAGCUUUCUGAUGUACCCCAUAGUUUCUAGUUAAACACAAGUUUUUCGUGAUGUUAUGGAAAAGCACACUCUUCUGCAGACACCUUUGCCAUUGUCCAGACGAAAAGUCCCUACCUGGAGUGAACAUGCGAGGAAGGGCAGAUGUCCAGAGUUUCUGAAGAGUCACUCAAACCCCACUGAAUGCUUUAUUGAGCAUUUAGAAGCCUUCAAAAGGCCCUGUUGGCCCCAAGUGAAGCUUCUUCAGAAAAUGAAGUUUCUAAAUUCUGUGUGGUUUUGUUUUUGUUUUUGAGACAGUAUCUCACUGUGUUGCCCAGGCCAUCCUCGGCUUCUGGAGAGCUGGGAUCACAGGGGUGCAUCACCACUGCUGGUUCAUGUUUGUAGAAACUGCUUGUACCAAUCAUCAUAGCAGUGGGUGCAUUGGGCUGUAAUAAUUGCAAAUUAUAUUUUUAUUUACCAAAAGAAAAACAGUUUCUGAUUUAUGUUAUAGAGAGUUCAUUAGACUUUGAGCCAAGAGAAAAAUACUAAAUUCUUUUAAAGUUUGAGCCUUGGUAGACACCACAGGAAUACCUUCUGUUGUACAGUAUAGUAAGCUGUUACAGAGGAAGUACUAAGUAAUUGUAACUAAUGGACAGUUUAUGUGCAUAUAACUCAAGUUACCUCUUGUGACAAUUGCCAGUGGUGAGUACACUCAUAACUUAGAUUUUGCCUUUUAUGCUACAUGUACAUUUAAAACUUUUUAAAGCAUUUUUUUCAAAGAUCACUUAAUUUCCUGGCUUCUGUGACAUUUAUGAAAAAUGUAAAUGCUGAGUUCGAGAAACCCCUUCUCUCCUCAUAUUCUUCAGGCUUUUGCUACUUUUGUAUAUGCCAUUUUAAACUUCCAACUUACAAAAGUUACCAGUUCAACGCUCAGAACUCCUAAAAUUAGUGGUUUCCAUGUUAAGCAUAGGUUUGCACCGUCAUGGGACUUGCCAGUCACUUAGACACUGGCAGGUCAGUAGUUGCUGGAAUGGCCUCUUGACUCUUCAGUCCACAACUGAGACCACAAACAUGAUGCUCUGCGUUGCUGUCACCAGGAGGGACCCAGGGCUGUGCAUGCUAAAGCACAUGGCUGGCCCACUGGCACCAAGGUCAGUCCUGCACAGCUGUGUGGAUAUGUGUCACAUGCACUCAGUGUGUGGCUUUAGGUUGUGCUCAGACAAAAGUAAAAGGUCAUUUUUUUUUUUUUCAAAUUGUUGAAUUUAAAGUUUUCUUUGGGGGUAGGGAGGCGUUUUUGAAAAACAGUAUUUCCACUUACCACCAAAAUAAUAAGAAACUUUAAACUAUAUAUUUAUAAGUUCCACUGAGUGUACUUCUCCUUUAUUUAUAUCUCUACAUUGCUUUUUGAGUUCAUAUCAAUGAGCUUAGUUUUAAAAUUAAAAAAACAUUCAUUUUCAGUUGUGGUUCUCAGCAACACUCAGUGUAUACCACCAGUCUAGUAACGGUGGGAUUUCUCAGCAUAAGAUCCACAUGCCUAGAAGAUUAUAAAUACCAGCUGCUUUCUAAUUUCACUGUUAAUUGUCCCAAUUUUAGUAUUAGUUGCAAGCUUUGAUCUUACUGAAACUUGGAAUUCAUACUUUGAGCAGAUCAAGUAAGGAGAGUACAGAAAAAAACUCAGGAGUAUACCAAAAUCAUCUUUAACUUAAACCAGUUUCAAGGCACUUCCAAAAAGAGAGUUCUUGGAUAUUUGUAAGAUGUAUAAAACUUUUUUUUAGUAAAAUAUUAAACUUCUUAAUGUCUGUCUCCACUUCUUCAUCUGGAAGUCUCUUCCGUCUGAGAACUCAAGUCAGGUCUUGUGUGUACUGGGUUUUCAGUCUCAGACACUCGCUGGGUGUACUUUCAUUGCUGUGGAGACAGGCUGAGCUCCAAAUGGAAGGGUGGCUCCCCUGGGGUCCCUGUGCCUGUGACUGUGAGAUACAGAGUUCUGCUGCACAGCCACAGUGCUGCCAGGCUCUGCUGUGGUCACACACACAGGGCUCUUCCUCUGGAGUGAGGUGUACACGAAUGCAGGUGCUCUGCUGGACAUAACGCUGGAUGCUGGUUUGUAUGAGAACCACACAAGUGGAUGGCAGCUUGCCGAGGCCACGUGUUCCGAGUCCUGGUGAGGACAGUCACGCUCAGGGGCCUUUCUUUUAUUGUAGUUGUAUGCUGGAGGAAGAGAAGGAGAACAGGCUCUGAAGGGACAGUACUCCGAGUGCUCAGAGGUCAUCAAGUCUGCAGCUACUUUGCUAUUCUAGAUGGACAGGGUGCCCGAGUGACUGCCUCAAGUCAAGUGGGGUAUUCUUGCUUGCCUUUAGUUUUCAUUUUAUUUUUUUAUUAUUUUUUAAAGUAAUUUUUUAGUUGUCAAAAGACCUUUAUUUUAUUUAUUUAUAUGUGGUACUGAGAAUCGAACCCAGUGCUUCACACAUGCUAGGCAAGUGCUCCACCACUGAGCUGCAACCCCAGUCCUAGUUCCCAUUUUAAAAGGUCAUCAGGCAUUAUAUCUAACAAGGUUGUUGAGGGGACUUAGCUUUUUAUCGUCAAUUGGUUCUAUAAUAUUUAAGUGAUUUUACAGUUAAAAAUUUUGUAAAUUAUAACAUUUGUAUUGGUUUUUAGUGAUUUUCUGGGAUAUUUCUUAGAUUUAAUAUUAAUGAACUUUAUGUACGUCCUGUUUUAGAGACUUGCUCUAAACCAGACUUCAUGUGAAAUUGCACACACACAACACACACUGGUUCUUACAUUGCUGUGCUGAGGGACUAGUCAGUGGGCAGGGAAGAAGUGUGGGUUUUCUGCCUCUCAUGUGUAUCAGAGGCAUGUGUGCCCCUGCUUGCAGCAGCCAUACCUGCCUGGCUUUGCCAGGUGCUGCAGACUAUCCUUGCAGCUUCAGUAAUGACUUCGUGGGCCUGUGGCACAGGGUCCCAUUGUUUACAAGCCCCUGUGUGCUUGCCUGUGUUUAGCACAGUAUUUAAUGCACACAGGAAGAGCAUACAUGCAAUACUAACUUUUUGAACUUUAAAAAACUAGUAGAAUCUUUAAAAAGCAAUGUUAGGAAACACUAGUAAAUUAUUUUGUUUGUAUAAGAUAGUUUGUGUGACUUUUAAAAUGUUUUAGAAAUUAAAGUUUUGUAAACAGUAAUUUAAUAUUUGGUUUACAAAUACUUAAGUUUAUGUAUUUUAUUCUAUCAUGCCUAAAGCUUAUUUACAGGCAAAUUCCAUUUCAGUUUUACAAAGGGCAAUAAUUAUUCUGGUGAAAUGUCGAGUAGAGGAAGAGGUGGAUAAUGUCACUCUCUUUUUGUUGUAGAGUUCUUAGUAGGUAAAUUUGUUUGCAACCCAAAAAUGAAACACCAGUAGUUGAAAGCAUAUGUUUUUUUUCUUUUUGAGUUACUGAAGCUAAUUAGAUUUAUUUGAUUUCUCUAAUUUCUUUCCUAGGACUGAGCAGCUCCUGCUCGUGGUCUAGCCAGCUUCACCCAGAGUCCUGCAGAGGAAACGCUGCCAGCCUCUGUCGGCUCACUGGCAAUGCACAGGGGCUCUGUGGGUUCUUGUCCACUAUGAGCAGCACACUUCACUCAGUAACUCAGUUCAUAUGCUCAGUAUGCGCUUUGGCUGUGUGUGCUGCAUGCUGGUGUUUUCUGUUUUGUUCUAGUGUUAUUUUUUUAAAUACUAGACAUGAACCUCUAAGUUAAUUUCUCAAUUUAGCACUGGAUAGUAAACUUGAGUUUGAAAAACAACUUUGGAGUCUACUUUGAAAGAAGAACUAAUGUAAAGACUUUUUUGUUUUUUUGUUUUGGUCUUUGGCUUUUGAAUAUUGUUAAGGCAAAAUUCAAUGUUACAAAUACCAAAAGUACUGUAUAUGUAAAUUACUUGUCACACUUCAAGAAAUGUAAUUAAAAUCAGAAAUGGUGAAGACUCGUGAAUAUGACGGGUGAGAUUUCAGAACUGGAUGAUCUGUUCAUGUCUUAUAGGAGGUCACUCAGGCCACACACCACCAGCCUGUGAAGAGAAGCUUCAACUUCCAAUUUAGGUGAUUGAAUUAGGAAAAAGUCCUUUUUCCAGACAACAGGAAAAUCCGAUUAGGAAACCAGACAGCAGUCACUGACUGUUGGGUGUGCCUUGGUGUUGCAUCCGUGCUUGUCAGGGUCCUGAGGAAGUGGGGCCUCCAAGGGUCAUGUGACAAUCUGGGCAUCGGGUGCUGUGAGUGGCUGCAGAGGACUCCUGUGCCAGAGGUGAGGCAGUUCGGAUUCAGACGGGCCAUGUCUCGGGAAAGUCAGUUGUGAGAGGCUUGUGAAUGUCAUGAAGUCUUGGCUUCUCCUUUGAAAUGCUGCUGUGAUGUGACUAACAAUAAAGCUUAGGAGUCCAGGUGUACGGUGCAGCUGGCUCCAGUGGGCUCUGCCUUGGUGCAGGCUGGAGUGGCUCCCUUUGUCUUUUGUUUUAACUCUCACUGUGGAGUCUUAUCACAAAGACUUGGAGGCGGGGCUGGUAUAACAGGGCUUUGGGGCAGAGCCCAUGAGCUCACAUGCCCUCAGAACCUCCCUGUAAAAUAAGGAAAUACCCCCAUUUUACAGGUAAAGGAACCCAGUGCAGAGAGCUGAAGGUGUGUAAGACCACAGUGAGCUGGAGAACUGAAUGGCCAUGGUGGCCAGUCCAAGUUUAGCCCCAGCCUUCUUGGUUUCUUGGUAACUCCUGUUGGCUUGUUUGGAAUGUUCAGACCAGGCAGUCUCUGGAGGCGUCUCUCCUCCCACUGUCCAUGUGCUGAGGGGUUGCCCGUCUCUGGCCUGAGACCCUCAAGUGAAUGUCCUUUCACUUAGAUGCAGCUGACACUUAGUUAGUGCAGAUCAAUGUCUGUGGUGUGAUUAUGAGACCAAUCUCGUGUGUACUUGCAAAAGGAACCCGCUUUAACCCCCAACAGUGAUGACAGGGUGUCAAGCUGUCACGGUGUCUUCUGUCUAGGUGCAGCUGCUGUGCUGCCCUGCGUGUAUACCUGGACUCACACACAGAUGUGACUUCCUUCAGCCCCACGACAGUGCUGGAAGCAGGCCCUGUCCUUCCACUUUGUAGCCAAGGAAACUUCCGCCAGGAAUCCCUCUAUGGACAGACAGCAGAGCCCUGUCAUCUUGGGUUCCUUCAAGAACUGAAGCAAGGUACUCAAAGGCCCAAUCAUUUUUCAAGAUCGUCACCUCGGUCUUGGGCGGGACCUGUUGAGGAUGCUGGAGGCUCUUGUGAGACAGGCCAGCUUUACUAGUGCGGGCAAGUGUGCUUUGAAAGGAGGAAAACUGUUUUGACAGCUAGUAAAGUAAGACCCCACUCAGCUUGUCACCACUAUCUGCCUCCCAGGUUUCCAGGUCUCCUGUCCUAUGCUCUGGGGAGGCUGUGACAGGAACCUCAAGCUGCUGCUGCUUGCUGGUUGAGAACAGCGUGGACUUGGCAGACUCCCAUGACCGCCACGCUAGAGGGGGCCCUGCAGUGGCAGCUCCUCCCUGGAAUCGGCUUUCUCAGCACAGCUGCGUCUGUCCCAUGGUUUAGUGAGGAUGGUACCUCGGGUUGUGGUCCAGGUUGGAAAACAGUAACCACAGUGAUCUGUGUCACACUUGCCAAGGGAGGAAACCCUUGGUUCUCCUGCUUGGUGGAGGGUGGGCGGGGCUUGUGUCUGUGUGAAGUUGUGUAAUCUCCGCACCAGGACCCUGGCUGCCCUGCUGCAGUGGACUGGUGUGUCAUACCCACCAGGUACACCUGGGCACAUGGUUUGUGUUAGCUGUUACUUUUGGUCAUUUAUUUAAAUGUUCUAUAUUGACUUGACUUUUAAGUUAAAUGUCCGGUUUGUUGUAGCAGAUCGUCUAUAGCAUAAAUAUAAAUUUAAAAAUUUUUAACAGUGUAUAAUAGCUGAAGCUGGUUGUUUCCUUAGAAGUUAUAUGGUCUUCGUCUAGUUCAUGUGAGACUUCAAAAUGCCCUCCGUUAUCCUUAUGGACACUUUCAUUUGUGUAAUUUCAAAAAAAAACAAAAAAAAAACCCAGAGUUUCUUCAACUCCAAAGAGGAUUUUGGAUUGAUCUUGGGUAGGUUAAAAGACUGCCAUGAGCAGGAAAUCAGUUUUGAGUCUCAGUUCUGUAUCUUCAUCAUGUCUCACCUGGCCAAGCUUCAAGUCUCAUGUGUCAGACAUUAAUCAUAGUUUUCUUGUGUGGCUUUGUCCUGGAAAUGUCAACCAUGUCCAACUCUGCAGAAGGCACAAUACUGGAUCACAAACACGUUUCCCCUGAUUAAUUUCAUUCCAUCUUAAACUCCAGUGUUUGUGUGGGGCCAUGGUGAUUCGGCGUGGUUGCCCAGGAUUGCCUCACCUGUGACUUCCUGUGUUCCUGGAUCCUUCCAUCCCAGGAGAGGCGGGCUUGUCCUGUGCUGCGUGGCUGUGUGUGAUAACCUCCUGAUGACCGACCCACCUUGCUGCACACAUCUGGGUUGCUGAUACCUCCCCAGAAUGACUUUCUGGAAGCAGAGGUCCUGGAUCAGAGAGCGUGGCAGUUCUGAACAGCCUCCAGAAUGGACCCUCGCACUUGCUGCAGCAGUGUGGAGAGUGUGGUCUGUGACUGGCACAGGCCUCACCAGUCCUUCCACACUAGUGGCCACUCCAGGCAAACAUUUCAUUGCUUUGCUUUGCAUUUUUUAAUAUCUUGUGAGGGCAGAUACUUUGAAUACCAGAGCAACUCUGUUAUUUCUGCUCUUGUGAAUUAUCAUUAAACACACUAAGCCCA